UUCUUGUGCCGGGAAAGGGAAAGUAAUGGAGUCGUGGUUAGUAUAAAGUAAUGGAGAAAUAUAAAUGGUUGGCUUCUUCUUCGUAGGUGGCAGAUCUCGUUCCUUCUUUUUCUCUCUCUAAAAUAAAGGGCCAUCGACAACUAAUACAGGAAUGCCAUCAUCAAGAACACGAUAAAAAGAGAAAAACAGAAUAAUACAAAGACAGAAAGAAGAAGCCUAGGUGCUUCUAUCACAUCAUUUUCAUGGGCGUCGCAGUUUUUCCACGGCGGCGCCAUCAUAAUGCUUACACCCGUCUUCGAUUCUUAGCUCAGGCGAUCUCCGCCGUCUCCGGCGUUAUCCUUCUACUCUUCGCUUUCAUUACCAUUCUCACCCCUUCUCCCACUGAAAACCAACACCUACUGCAUCCUCUCCACCGCGAUUCGUCGAUAGAAGUUGAAAACAGCGGAGAACCUACGUUUCUUGUCCCGGAGAAAGGAGGCAAACUGAAUCGCCAUCUAUGGAGUUCAAAGCUGUCUAACUUAUACCACAGUUGCAGUAACGCUAGUGCAAAGUUUCCUGAUGCUUCAGUCAGAACUCAACCCAAUCGCUACUUGUUGAUUGCAACCAGUGGAGGUCUAAAUCAACAAAGAACUGGGAUUACAGAUGGUGUUGUUGCUGCAAGGAUUUUGAAUGCUACUCUUGUAGUCCCAAAGUUGGAUCAGAAGUCCUUCUGGAAGGAUGCAAGUAACUUCUCCGAAAUCUUUAAUGUUGAAUGGUUCAUUUCAAGUUUGUCAAAGGAUGUGAAAAUUAUUAGACAGCUCCCUAAAAGGGGUGGAAAGAUUUGGACUCCAUAUACCAUGCGUGUUCCGAGGAAGUGCAGUGCUAGGUGUUAUCAAACUCGAGUAUUACCUAAUCUUUUGAAAAAGCAUGCUGUUCAGCUCAACAAGUUUGACUACAGACUUGCUAACAGAUUAGAUACAGAUCUACAAAAGCUUAGAUGCAGAGUUAACUAUCAUGCACUGAAAUUCACUGACCCUAUCAUUGAAAUGGGUAGAAAAUUGGUUCAUCGAAUGAAGAUGAAAAGUAAACAUUAUAUUGCUCUUCAUCUUAGGUUUGAACCUGAUAUGCUUGCAUUCUCAGGAUGUUACUAUGGUGGUGGAGACAAGGAAAGACUAGAACUUGGAGCAAUAAGAAAGAGAUGGAAGACUUUACAUAUAACCAACCCAGACAAAGGGAGGAGGCAAGGAAGAUGCCCACUUACUCCAGAAGAAAUAGGUUUGAUGCUGAGAGCACUAGGAUAUGGCAAAGAUGUUCAUAUUUAUGUCGCAUCUGGUGUAGUUUACGGAGGGGAGACGUCUUUGGCCCCUUUGAAAGCCCUCUUUCCUAACUUCUAUUCAAAAGAUAUCAUAGCUAGCAAGGAAGAGCUUGCCAAAUUUUCAGGAUUUUCUUCUCGCAUGGCUGCCCUGGAUUUCAUAGUUUGUGAUGAGAGUGACGUAUUCGUAACAAACAAUAAUGGUAACAUGGCAAAAAUUCUGGCUGGGCGAAGGAGGUAUUAUGGACACAAGCCUACUAUUCGUCCAAAUGCAAAGAAGCUAUAUCGCAUGUUCUUGAAUAGAGGCAACAUGACUUGGGAAGAAUUUGCUUCUGGUGUUCGUAAACACCAAAGAGGGUUCAUGGGUGAGCCAAAGGAGGUGAGGCCUGGUAGGGGUGAAUUUCACGAGAACCCGGCCACUUGUAUAUGUGAAAAUGAUCCUGAAGGAAACAAGGAAAAAUUAGAAUCCGGAGCUAGAAAGGUUGGACCACUAGAUUCUGUAACAAGCAAAGAAGUUGAAAAAGCAGAUGAUCAUAAUAGUAAUGAUAAUGAUAGUGAUGAGCCAGAAUGGUCAGAAGAGCCAGAGGUCGAGGAAGAGGAGUACCCAGAUGGCUUCGUUCAAGACACAGAUAGAUUAUUAAACAGAACACACUCGGAUGAUGAUGGUUCUCCUUCCGAAGAACAGCCUGAGUUGGAAGAAAUGCUAUCAGACUAAUUGGAUUGAUAAUCUAUGAAGAAAAUCAUGUCCUUUGAGAAAGAUUUUUUUGCAGAUCAAGUCAGGCAAGUGAUCGAAUGGAAUUCAUUUAGGGGCAGCUAUUGGUGAAGAAGACACAUAUAUAUAUAUAAUAGUGAUGAGAUCUGUGUGAUAUGUAUAAGUUGCUAUUGAGAGGACAAUGCACAUAUAUAUGUCCACUCUUUCUGAACAAUAAUAAUAAUAAUAAACAAUCUUUUUUUUU